CUUCCCAACCACUCCGUCGCCUCGCCGCCGCCGCCGCCGCCCGUCCGCCCGCCCGCCCGCAGCAUCUCCGAUUGGAUUCAUUGUAAUCCCCCCCCCAACCCGAGAUAGCAGCAUCAGUUCUGCUGCAAUCUGACAAAGUGGAGUUCCUGGAAGGUGAAGCUUCUUUUAUGUCUGAACAAGCAUCGGUAUAUUUGGGAUCAGUUGGAUUGCUGGGAGAGUAUUCUCGUACAACGAGAAAAAGGCACAAGUUUGUGCUCCCCUGUAUGCAUCAAGAGACUACUGGGUUCUCUGGUACUGAGAGUUCACUUGCUGCAGAAAGUCAGCUCAGUUUCCUUCAGGGACCGGCAGCUACUAUUGCUCCUGAACUUCGCUACAUCUGAUAGCAUCUGCUGCAGAAAUCUUGAGUCAAGAUGGCGCUGCAAAACAUUGGUGCAUCCAACAAGGAUGAUGCCUUCUACAGGUACAAGAUGCCCAGAAUGUUGACCAAGAUAGAAGGCCGUGGUAAUGGCAUCAAGACAAAUAUCGUCAACAUGGUUGAUAUUGCAAAAGCACUUGCCAGGCCUGCUUCGUACACAACCAAGUACUUUGGAUGUGAGCUUGGGGCACAGUCUAAAUUUGAUGAGAAGACGGGAAUCUCCUUGGUUAAUGGUGCUCAUGACACUUCAAAGCUGGCUGGGCUUCUUGAGAACUUCAUCAAGAAGUAUGUCCAGUGUUAUGGUUGUGGCAAUCCUGAGACUGAGGUCCUCAUUUCCAAGAAAGAGAUGAUAACUCUGAAAUGUGCUGCCUGUGGCUUCCUCUCGGAUGUGGACAUGAGAGACAAGCUCACCACAUUCAUUCUGAAGAACCCGCCAGAAGCGAAGAAGGGAGGCAAAGACAAGAAAGCUAUGCGAAGAGCUGAGAAGGAGCGGCUGAAAGAAGGUGAGGCUGCUGAUGAGGAGAUGAAGAAGCUCAAGAAGGAUGCAAAGAAGAAAGGUGCUUCCUCAAAGGAUGGUGCAGCGAAAGGUGCUACGAAGAAAAAGGGUGCUGGCUCUGAUGAAGAACAUGCAACCUCACCAACUCACAGUGGAGACGCUGACUUCAUAGUUGCUGCAGAUGAUGAUGAGGAUGAUGACGAUGUGGAGUGGGCUACUGACACCUCAGCAGAGGCUGCGAAAAAGCGCAUGCAGGAGCAGCUGAGUGCAGCAACUGCUGAGAUGGUUAUGCUUGCCACUGAAGAGACAGAGAAGAAGAAGAAACAGGCAGGCAGUACCAAUGGGACAGCGAAGACUGAAGAUAAACCCAAUGGCAACCAUGCCGUUGCCAAACCCACUCCUUAUGAUGAACUGGUUGCAGAGAUCAAGGCGAACCUGGGCAACGCUGCCACAGCAGCUCAGCUCAAGGGGGUGCUCUCGUCCUCAACCCUACCUCAGAAGGAUGUAAUAAGUGCUCUCUUUGAGGCACUCUUCCAUGGUGCCAGCAAGGGGUUCGCGAAGGAUGUUAUGAAGAACAAGAAGUACCUUGCUGCUGCUGUGCCUGAUGAAGCUGCACAGAUGUUCCUGCUCCAGGCUAUUGAGGCAUUCUGUGGCAAGUGCAGUGCUGAGGCCCUCAAGGAGCUGCCUGUUGUCCUGAAGUUCCUCUACGAUGGGGACGUCCUCGAGGAAGACACCAUUGUGCAGUGGUACAAUGAAGCUGUUGCUGCCGGCAAGGACUCCGAGGUCGUGGAGAAGGCCAAGCCGGUUGUGGAGUGGCUCCAGAGCGCUGAAUCUGACGAGGAGUGAGAGGCCUACCGCCCACUACUUGUUUCAAGUGUUCUUUGAUAGAAGUUGCAAGUGACAGUUGUUGUCAGUGCUUGAAGUGUUAUGUGUCUGCGUUGCUGUUCAAACUGAGUUGUCGUUUGGUUCUGUGUCGAGUCAGUUGAAAACAUUAUGUGUUAUGUUGCGUCUGGUGUGUCUGUUCUUUACUUGUUGGUUAUCUUUCGAGUCAGUUCAAACUAUUAUGUGAUCUAUUGCAUCUGGAGUAUGUUUCAAUAAAUUACUUUGUGAUC